UUUUCCGGGGUUCGACUAAAGAUCUCAAAUGCCCAUUUCGGUGCAUAGAUAAGAACCUAUACCCCAGGUUUGGGCGUUUUCGGUAUCGACGUUAGCAUAACAUUUUUCGACUGCUGUACUUGCUUGUCUCUUCGAGAUAUCCAAGUCUUUGCGAAAACAAGCUUCCUCUUUUCGACUGUCAGACCCAACACCAGACACAUCUUAUCACUGCUUAUCGUUGUCUCAUUCGAGCAUCCCACAUCCCACUUCAUCUUCCCCUCGUUUGCCGAGGCUGAGCAUUUACAACUAUAGCCUCGUCCUCAGUACUAGAGUUGUAAAGAUUGGCUCUAUUUCCCUACGGACUACGUUCUACAUCAGUCAACAUGGCUCCUCACGCGACCUCACCUCCACCGCUGGAGCACAGCAAGCCAUCUCAGCCCAUUAAAGUCAUUGCUUCCUCGAGAGCAGUAGUCGCUGGCCGACUAACCGAAGCAACCAUUAUAAUUUCCGAGAACACUGGCAAGAUCACAUCUAUCUUCCACUCCGUCCUGCCUCGGUCAGACUUCCCUGAAGGCACACCAUACACCGACUACUCACCUCACAUCCUCCUUCCUGGCUUGGUCGACGCUCACGUACAUCUCAACGAACCUGGACGAACAGAAUGGGAGGGCUUCUGGACUGGCACUCGUGCCGCUGCUUUCGGAGGUGUUACCACAGUUGUCGACAUGCCACUGAACGCUAUCCCGCCCACUACCACUGUUGAGAACCUCAACAUCAAGGUCGAUGCCUCCAAGGGCAAGUGCUGGGUGGAUGUCGGCUUCUAUGGUGGUAUCAUCCCAGGAAACGACAAGGACCUUCAAGGUUUGGUCGAUGCAGGUGUACGAGGCUUCAAGGGAUUUCUAUGCGACAGUGGUUUCCCCGCUGUAUCCUCUCUCGAUAUUGAGAAGGCCCUUCUUGAGUUAAAGGAGUCAACAACAACACUGAUGUUCCACGCCGAAAUGAUCCCUCCGGUUGCCGACUCCGUUGGUGACAACGUCCAACGCGCCAACCCUCCCCUCGCCCCCAAGGGUCCUCUUACCUCGUACUCCACCUUCCUCGCAUCCCGCCCGCCAGCCUUCGAAACCUACGCCGUCGCCGAGAUCCUCUCUUUGGCCCACCUCGCACCCGAACUACAACUCCACAUCGUGCACCUGAGCGCCAUGGAAGCCAUCCCCAUGCUGCGCGAAGCCCGCGCAAACGGCGUCAAAAUCACAGCCGAGACAUGCUUCCAUUACCUUGCGCUCGCCGCCGAGCGCAUCGAAGAGGGCGACACGCGCCACAAGUGCUGUCCGCCCAUCCGCUCGCAGUCAAACCAAGACGCGCUCUGGACCGAGCUGCUCCAAGACCAAGUUGACGGCGUCAUCCAGACCGUUGUAUCUGACCACUCGCCCUGCACGCCGGAGAUUAAGCUCCUCCCGCUCCAUCUCGCGCCGAAGAAACACACUACCAAGACGCUCAACCAUGACCAGGAUUGCGAGUCGAGUGAUGAUGGGCCGGAGACGCCGAUGGAGGGGCCGGAGGAGAAGGGCGAUUUCUUUGGUGCGUGGGGUGGGAUUUCUAGCGUCGGCCUUGGGCUGCCGAUUCUUUGGACGGAAGGGUUGAAGAGGGAUAGCAAGUUCAGUGUGGAGGAGAUCGUGAGGUGGUGCUGUAAGAACACUGCUAAGCAGGUCGGUCUUGAGCAAUACAAGGGUGAUCUGGGUGUUGGGUUUGAUGCUGACAUUGUGGUCUUUGAUGAGACUGCGGAGUUCUUGGUUGAGCCUAGCACUAUGCUCUUUCGUAACAAGGUCUCGCCGUACGAGAACAAGACGCUGAAGGGUGUUGUUAAGGAGACUUUUCUCCGUGGGCAGAGGAUCUUCUCGAGGGAGGAGGGGUUCCAGAAGAGUGGGCCGAGUGGAAAGACACUGCUCGAGCCGAGGACUACCAGGGCUCAGAACGAUCGGUGA